GUUCUUUGUUCCCUACUUCCGAGGCCAACCUGACUUCCUCACCCUCUGGGCCUCCCCGUCUGAGCCUCAGUGAACAAGUUUCCCGCCGGUCCUGAUCUACAGAGAUGGCACCUGCCACCCACUCUGCACGUCCCCCUCCCGUCGCCACGGGCUCUUGCCGCCGGUGGAGCCACAUUCCUGCCCCUUUCCAGUUAGCCCUUCGCGUUCGGCUUCGUCUGCGGUCCUCCUGCACUGCGACCCCGAGUUUAACUUCCAACACACACUUUCCACCUCCAAGAGACGCCCCCACCUUUGUCGCCCCAAUAGCGACUUUUCUCACCGUGGUCGCCGCGGAACUUCAAGGGUCCUUCUUACCCGCGUUGCUGAGAGUCCGGGUUUACGCGUCACCUCGGGCGGGACCCGAUCCUCCGCUCCUGAGGCUCCCACAAUGAAGCAGUCGGACGCGUCUCCCCAAGAAAGGUAACCGCCAGCCUCGCCUGAAAGAGAAUGGGAUCCAAAUGGGAUAUUUGGAGGCGGCGAGCCGGUUCCGCAAAGAGAAACCAGCACUUAGAAAAUUUCUCAGCGAGACCACUUUGCUUGUACAGAAGGGAGCUGCCUGCGUGGGAUGCAAUCGCCAGAGCACACGGGACAAAGGAAGGAAGGGAGCUUCUGUUCCUCUGUCCUUCCCGUUGGGUGGGGUUGGACGCCCACAAUCUAAGCUGAUCCCGGUUGGCUAAAACUUAAACUUUUUUUAAACAGGGUAAACGCGCCACCUGCGAGGAAAGAGGAAGGGGGGGCGGGGAAGAAGGGGGUAAGGUUGAUUUACAACUUUAGACCUGGAAGUUGAGUUUCUGAAGAGGAACUUAGUUGUCCCAACCAAAUGGUGCACAGGACGUUUAUACUAAGAAAUUAUUCAUUUUCUGAGAUCCAGAUUCAAGUGCCCUUUAAGUAUUUUUAUUUGGGCGGAGGAGGUCACUUCCUCCCACCUAAUUUAUUAAUAUGUUCAUAUAUAUAUAUGUACAUUUUUAAAGACAGAGAUGUGGGUCUCGCCAAGUUGCCGCGUCUGGUCUCGAGCUCCCGGGCUCAAGCGAUCCUCCCGCCUCGACCUCCCAAGGCUCUGGGAUGACAGACGUGAGCCACAGCGGCCGGCCCGUGUUUAACUCAGAUAAAAUCUGGGUAACACACUUUCAACGCUUCAGCCCCCUCGGGCGCACGGCUCUGCGCUCAUUGCAACUUUGAAAGCAGGAAGGAAGCAAUGCGCAGGCUCCAGCCGCGUCCCCGCGGGCCGCACUCCCGUUUCCUAGCAACGCCGGGUCACGUGCGCCGCCGCCCGGCUUCCGUAGUGUGAGCCUGCCGGAGCCAGCGCGUACGUGCGUGCGUGUGCGCGCGUGCGCAGGCGGGGCGACCGGCGUCCCCGGCUCUCGCCCCGCCCCCGAGACGGCGCCGUGCGUGCGCGCGCCCGGUCCGCGCCUCCGCCGGCUUUUAUAGCGGCCGCGGGCGGCGGCGGCGGCAGCAGCGGUUGGAGGUUGCAGGGCCGGCGAGGAGGAGAAAUCAUGGCGGCUGCGCUGUUCGUGCUGCUGGGAUUCGCGCUGCUGGGCGCCCACGGAGCCUCCGGGGCUGCCGGCACAGUCUCCACUUCCAUAGAAAACACUGGCUCCAAGACACUCCUCACCUGCUUCUUGAAUGACAGCACCACAGAGGUCACCGGGCACCGCUGGCUGAAAGGGGGCGUGGUGCUGAAGGAGGACACGCUGCCCGACCGGAAAACGGACUUCGAGGUGGACUCGGACGACCACUGGGAAGAGUACUCCUGCGUCUUCCUCCCCGAGCCCACGGGCAGGGCCGACUUCCAGCUCCACGGGCCUCCCAGAGUGAAGGCUGUGAAGUCGUCAGAACACAUCAACGAGGGGGAGACGGCCGUGUUGGCCUGCAAGUCAGAGUCCGUGCCCCCCGUCACCGACUGGGUCUGGUACAAGAUCACUGACUCUGGGGACCAGGUCAUUAUGAACGGCUCCGAGAGCAGGUUCUUCGUGAGUUCCUUGCAGGGCCGGUCAGAGCUACACAUUGAGAACCUGAACAUGGAGGCCGACCCCGGCCAGUACAGGUGCAACGGCACCAGCUCCGAGGGCACCGACCAGGCCGUCAUCACGCUCCGUGUGCGCAGCCACCUGGCUGCCCUCUGGCCCUUCCUGGGCAUCGUGGCUGAGGUGCUGGUGCUGGUCACCAUCAUCUUUAUCUACGAGAAGCGCCGGAAGCCCGAGGACGUCCUGGAUGAUGACGACGCCGGCUCUGCACCCCUGAAGAGCAGCGGGCAGCACCAGAACGACAAAGACAAGAACGUCCGCCAGAGGAACUCCUCCUGAGCCAGGUGGCCCGAGGACCCUCCCUGCUCCGUGUCUGCGCCGCCGCCGGAGUCCACUCCCAGUGAUUGCAAGAUUCCAAGUUCUCGCCUCUUAAAGAAAACCCACCCCGUAGAUUCCCAUCACACGCUUUCUUCUUUUUUAAAAAAGUUGGGUUUUCUCCAUUCAGGAUUCUGUUCCUUAGGUUUUUUCCUUCUGAAGUGUUUCAUGAGAGCCCGGGAGCUGCUGCACCGCGGCCCCGUCCGUGGUUUUCAGCCUCUGGGUCUGAGUCAUGGCAGGGCGGGCGGUGCAGCCUUCUCCACUGGCCGGAGUCAGUGCCAGGUCCCUGCCCUUUGCGGAAGGUCACAGGUCACAUGAGGGGCCCCGCGUCCUGCCUGUCUGAAGCCAAUGCUGUCUGGUUGCGCUAUUUUUGCGCUUUUAUGUUUAAUUUUAUGAAGGCCACAGGUCUGUGUUUGACUCAGCCUCAGGGACAACUUUGACCUCUUGGCCACAGAGGACUCACCUGCCCACACCGAGGGCGACCCCGUCACGGCCUCAAGUAACUCCCAAGCCUCCUUCUUGUCUGUGCAUCCGGGGGCAGCUCUGGAGGGGGUUUGCUGGGGAACUGGCGCCGCCUCCGGGACUCCAGAACCGCAGAAGCCCUCCCCAGCUCACCCCUGGAGGAUGGCUGGCUCUCCACAGCACCAGGGCUCACGUGGGAACCCCUCUCCCACCCACCACCACAAUAAAGAUCGCCCCCAUCCCCACCCUCA